AUUCGAAACGUGGUAGGUACUUGUAGUCCUUAGGUAUCGUGAGUUUUUUUUUCGAGAGAGUACUAUAAAUGUGUAAUAGCGAGCGAAAAAAAGCGUCAUAUAUCGCGCGCUCAUCGUGAACCCAUAACAAAUAAAUUUAAUGCUUCGAUCGUCUCAGUUUACCGCUGGCCAUUUCAAACAAUUGAUUUGAAAAUUACAACAGUUUACAAAUCGAUCAUUUAACAAUACGUUCGUUUGUGUUUUUUUACACUUAAACUUAGUAAAUUCGUUUGGCGAGUGAAAAAAAAAAUUAUGUAUUUGUGCACGUUCUCCCAUUUUCGGCAAUUUUUGAUAUUCAUUCCUGUUGGAAUUCUGGCGAUGUUAUACGGCUGCGCCGUAGGAUGGACUUCAGUCGGUAUCGUCGGCCUGCAACAGCCAGACAGUAAAGUGCCGUUGGAAAAAUCUGAUACGAAACUGAUCGCCGCGUUCUUCGAACUGGGCAGAUUCUCUAGCGCCAUUCCAGCCGGUUUAUUGGGCGAUAGAUGGGGUCGCAAGACAAUCAUUUUGAUCUGCAGCGUGCAGCAUUUGCUGGCUUGGUCGUUGAUUAUCCUAACAGAGUCGAUAAAUGCGCUUUUCUUGGCCAGAUUCCUUUCCGGAUUAGCUGUUGGUACUGGUAACGCUGUACUGUUCAUCUACGCUGGCGAAAUGUCACCUCCGAGAAUUCGAGGCACUAUUCUUUCGCUAAUGUACACGUGCUAUUAUUUGGGUAUCUUGAUCGAGUACAUUUUUGGAGCCUGUUUGACUUACGAACUCGUAGCCAUCUGUUCGUUGGCGGUGUGCUCGUUGUUCUUCGUUUUCAUCUUUUUCAUCAAAGAAUCUCCGAGCUAUUUGUUAACGAAAUCGAAAGACGAUAAGGCCAAGUCGAUAUACAAAUGGUUGAAUAAUCGUAGGCCCGAGGACGAAGUAAAUAAAGAAUUCGAAGCCAUCAAAGAAUACGUAAAUAACCAAAACAAGAACAAAGAAAGUUCAGUAAGUGGAUUCUCCGAUCCGGUAAACAGGAAAUGCGUCAGUUUAGUAUUCAUCAUCAAUUUCCUUACACAACUCACCGGCCUACCGGUUCUCAUCGCUUUUGUACACACCGUUUUCAAAAGUUCCACUAAUCUAACGGCCAAUCAAUUCGGCGUCAUUUUCGGCGCUCUACAAUACAUCGCCGGAUGCUCUGCCACUCUUUUAUCCGAUAAAAUUGGCAGAAGGAAGAUGUACAAGUUGACGUGUAUCUCGUGCGCAUUCUGUCACGCUGUCACAGCUAUACUCUUCUUCAUCGAUCGUGAUCUAGGAUACGAGGUUCCAUUCAUGUCCUGGUAUUUACUCAUUAGUAUUUCCUUGUAUGCCUGUAUUUAUGCUGCCGGACUUGGACCGUUGACUGUAAUCGUAAGAGGUGAACUUCUACCCCAGGCUGUCAAAGGUAUCGGCAGUGGUUUAGCUGUUGUCUCGGCCGGAGUAUCGUGUUUCCUAUUGGUAUUCAUUUUCCACUUCAUCCAAGAUACCUUUGGAAUCACCUACAAUUUCGUAUUCUUCUUCUUCGUUAGUAUCGCGUUAGCCUUAUUGACGCAUUUCAAACUGCCCGAAACCAAGCACAAAACAUUGGCUGAGAUUCAAGAAGCUUUCAGAAACUCGUGAGGUUUUUCUACCCACCAAUCACAUUCGACGAUGUAGAUGACGAUUUUAUAUAUUGGAAUAUGUCAAUUAAAAAAAAAUGGAUAGGUAAUGCAGAAAGUGACGAUGAUGUAUAGUUAAUAUUAUCACUCGAGUUAAUUAGGUAAUCGAUUAAAGGAGGUUGAUGUAAGACCAAUCUGCGCCCGGCUCACGAGUCGAGAUGAUUGCCUACGUGAAUCGACGACAGAUUUUUCAAUCGGUAUGUUGAUUAUUUUAUAUUGAGAUGUUUUGAGCAACUAUUUUGUUUGGGUUGUUAAGAGCUUUAUAUGAGGAAUCUUUGCGUACAAUAAUGUUUGAGCUGGUGUUUUUAAACGGGUUGAAUAAAUCUUGUAGACUGGAAAAGAAUUUUGUAGUAUUUUCAAAAUAAGUAGAUAUAAGAGUUUGAGUAAAUUACAAAAAUCGUAGGCCUAUCCACCUUCAUUUUUCGAGCAAUUACCUAGCUGUUCACAAAUAAGUUCUCAGAUGUGACGUUUAGUUCACUUUUUCCAAACGUAUAAUUAAAAUGAAUUUCAAAAACGUAGGGUAUAAAAAGCUAAAAGAAACGUUAACUAAGAGAAUUGCCUUCGUUGUCAGAUAUUCUUUAAUUUAGGAAACAACUGUUUUUAAAAUUACUAAUAGGGUCAAAUAAGACGUUUUUACUCCAAUGACAUUUUUAUUAAGGUAAAAAAAAAUAAAGCUUGACAAAAUGAAAAUAUCUCCUUCACCUUUGAAGAGAAUUAGUUUUCAAUCAAGCAACAAUAUUCUGCCCACUCCAUUUUCUUUCUUUUUUUUCCUUCUUUUUUUUUGUAUAAGUAAGUGAAUAAACAUGAAAGAGUAUAUUCGUUUAUUUAUUCUCAAAAUAAAUCGCCACCUUUGAAAAACAAAUUCAAAAGAAAACAAAACCACGUCGAUUUAAAAUUACAAAAAAAAAUUCUACCUACUCAAAAUACUUCUAAAAACGAUUCACAUUAUUCUGCUUAUGGAAUUGGGGAAAAGAUUCACUCGCUCUUUCUACCUCCGUUAUUAGCUUUUACAAGAAAAAUUUUAAGGUAGAGUACUUUUUGAUUAGUGACACUUUGAGAGGGCGCUGUGAGAAGACUAUUGCACGGAUGAAGCUGAAAUUUGUACCACAUAUACUUCAGGGGGUUCUCUAUCAAUGGUAAAAUUUUGGUACAAUUUGGUUCACAAAUCGUGGAGAAAAUUGCAAUUUGAAAAUUUGAAAAUCGACUUUUGCAUUUACCCCGUGUUAGGGUAAAUGCAAAAGUGGGCAAUAUUUUUUUAUUUUUGUAUUUUUUUGCAUUUUCAACACACUCACCGUAUUCUACGUGUCAUUUGCUAACUUUUGAUGUAUUCGUGGUCUUGAUUCGGUGAAAAAUUCAAUAAGUUUUCCACUUCCCAAAAAAAAUUUUAGGGGAGUGAAAAAAUGUUGAAAAAUUAUUUUUUUAAAAACUCGCUAAAAUGAACAAAAAAUCAACUAUUGGUCAUUUCUGAUGUUUUUUAUGUAAAAAACUCGUCAUAGAAAUACAUUUUUCGUCAAAUAUAUCAGUAGAACAUCAAAAAGGAGCAAUAAUUUAAAAAUUCAGUAAAACUGUUAAUCACUUCUCUAACGUGUAACUCAUCAUGUGACCGUGGAAGUUUAUUUUUUUUGUUAUUUCGAACCAUUUUCAAGUUAUUUGGAGCAAAAAAAUAUUUGUGGUAAGUGCAAAAAUUUAAAAAAAAAUCUUUUUUGCAAUUACCCCGAGUCGAUUUUUUCUGGGGUAAUUGCAAAAACGCAAUUUACGGCCAAAAUAAAAAAAAUUUCAUAUUGCGAUAUCUUACCUUAAACUUCAUUUCUUCAUGACCCUAAAUCGCGAAAAUUCCAGAUAAAUCGACAGUUUUUUCUAUUUCACAUGGAUUUUUUUAAAAAACACCUCUCACUUUACUUAUGAGUGGUUUCAACAUGCUUUGAUAAAAGUGUUUGCUACUGAGCGACAAUCUGAACCCCGCGAGGUGUGACCAGGAGAAUAUGUCGGUAAAGGUCGUUGCUUCGACACCCCCUAGUUGGCACAACCAGAAAAUUGAUAAUUUGUUUGCAUGAGGUCACAAUUUUGCAAUUAUCCCGUUUUUGCAAUUACCCCACUCUACCUUAAAUAAAAUUCUUCCUUUCUUCAACAAAAAAAAAAAAAAAAUGUUGGUAUUAAAAUAUUGUUUUUAAACUUAUAAAAAAAUCUUAUCCUAACGUGACAUUUUUCAAUGAGAAAAUACUUAUUCGUGGGUGGUGAAAAAUUGCAGCCUUUCCCCUUCCUCGAUAAAAAAUAAAAAGGCAUUUCAAAUAAGUAGAAUUUUUGUUUAAAAAAUGAAAACGCCAACGUAAAAUUUUAUUACAUACUUAUGUACUGAGAAUUUAUUUUUCCCUAGACAUUUCCUGUUUAUUUUUAAUAUUUUUUUAAUAAGUAAUACUUGAGUGCAAAUAAGUUCCAAUGAAAAUUUCAAAAUUUUUAAUCACCUCAUUUUUCAAUUGCCACUAUUAUUUUGAGAUAGUUCCAACCCCUCCUUCUUCCACCACAAAUACGAAUUUGGGAAAAUUUCAGUUUUCACUCAAUUUCAAGUUCAAAUGCUGUGUUUUCAUUUCUGAUAAUUUUGUGGAUAUUAAAAUUCAGCCCAUUUUACAUGAGAAAAUCAAAAUGAGAAAAAAUUCAGGUAGAAAGCUGAAACUUUGUAUUUGGUUUAGCAUCUUAUCAAAAAUAAGUAUAUGGAACCAAAUUUCCGCUCUUAACACCAAUUCUUUUUUUAUGACUAAUUUUCAAUUUUUUUCUCUUUUAUUAAAAUAAAAAAAAAUGUACAGUUUCGAUUCGAACCCAUAGAAAUUGAUUUUGAAAAUUUGUACACAAAACAAUCGAAAUUACAGUCAAUCCAAUUCUAUGAAUACCGAAUUUUAUUUCUCCCCUUCUUAUUGUAUUUUUUUCAAAAGUUGAUAGUUUCAUCAACUUUAGAUUUUUUCGGGGAUAAUGAACCAGUUAUUAAUCUAAAAAAAAAAAUCGUCACAAAUCGAAGAAUUAAAUGCAGUUCCUUCCUGAAAUUUGAGUUUAAUGAAUGGGCAGGGGUUGGAUUUAUGAAACACCCCUCCCAGAGUGAACCUACCUAUCUGAUAUUUUUUCAAUUUCAAAUGCACCAAAUUCUUGGUGUUGAAAUUCAUUUUCAAAAUUUCAAUUUAGCUCAUGAAUAUAGGUAGUUUUGGAUUUUAAAAAAGUUUAGUAGUCCCAACAAAUUCGGUGGUGAGAGGCGGAGAUAAAAAAUUCAGGCAUAUUCCACUUGAAAAUUGAUUUCAAAAAUACAGAUGGAUCGUUUUUUAAUUACUUUAAUCCAAAAAUAAAAAAUACACACAUCCAUCUAAUGCGCUCAUAAAACACAUCUUCCUCAUUAUAUUGUUUGAAAAUAUGGAUAGUAUGUUUUACAACACACGCAGAAGAUAUAAAUAUUCGUGUAUGGCGCUUGUAGUUAUUUCGAACAAGUAUACUUAUAGGGGAAAAGACGUUUUUCAUUUAGAAUAUUACCAUAGUCUACCACACGCUUCGAGAGAGAUUUUAAAAAUUCACAAUUUUCAAAUAGAAACAUUUUUUGGGCAAUAUUUCAUUCGUUAAAUUCAACUUUAUACUCCCGAUGGAAACAGUUUUCAGACUUUAUAGAGCAUUGAAAUACUGAAUUUGAAAAAAAAACUGCAGUACCCGAAACUUUUUGAUUUUCAUUCAAAUGAAUUUUUAUAUCAGCCAUGCAUCAAAUCCCAGACAGGGGAACCCGAAUAAAAAUUCAACAAGUUGAUUCGAAUAAAUUCAGCGCCUUAGUUUUUAGUCUUCAACUUGAACUUGACUUUGUCUCACAUGCUGUAUUUCUAAUUCAUAAUACCUACAAAAUUAGGUAUACCUAAAAAUAAAUACGAGAUUCGAAUACCUACCGCCAAAUAUACCGAAACUUUACCAUACCUACAUGCACCUUAAGCAUUUAAUUGAUGAAUAUUUCCAAACAAUCGUACCUACACGGUUUAAAGUGUGCAUUGCAUUAGGACCUAUAUCGAGACAAUCAUAAACAAUACAAGUUUCUUCCAUUGUUAAAGAUUGUGUUCAUUAGCAGAACGUUCAUGACCGAAAGCUGGCAUUGAAUUAAGUUGAUUUUUUUCCAAUUUACAUGCUUAAUUUUUCUUUUCAUUACCAGCAUCUUUCAGUAACUGAAUAUUUCAGGUACAUGGACGUUUUCUAACACAUGUGCCUAUACGUCUACGAUGAUUUUGGCGCAUAAAAUUUCUUUCGUUAUUGUAUCAAAUUUUCUGUGACUAAUAAGAAAUGAGCCCAAUAAAUGUACCUACAUGAGCGUACCAAAUUGAGAUAAAAUAUUAAAUUUCGAACAAGUACCUACCUUAUGUAAAGCUAAUUGUGUACCAUUUAGCUUUCCUCCCCUCCCCCUUAGGUUCACCCAUCCGAAUUUUUCCCACUUGGGAUAAAAUUUUCUCUAUUUCAUGAACUAGAUUCCAUCUAUGCAAACAGACUUCCGAGUUGUCCUCUCACCCUUAUUGUUUGAUCCAAACUCAGCUUCCCUUUCAGGCAUUUCCCCCCCCCCCCAAAAUAAAGACAGAAAAUUUGCGACGUAAUCUAACUUUAAAAAUUAAAUGAGCUCAAAUUGAUCUAAAUGAGAUAAAUAGAUAUCAAAUUACAUACUGAGAAAAAAUUCUCUCGUCCACACAUUUGGUAAAUUUUUCGAGUCGAAGAAUUACAUCAUCUAAUUCGUACAGAUAAAUCGUAAUUCGUACAUCGGAAUAACCGCAUAUAUAGCUAUCUCAAGCAGCCAAAAAUUAGGUCGUAAUAAUUAAUAUAAUUAUAAAUGGGCGUAAUAAUUCUCUCGGUAAUUUCGUACUUACCGAUAUUAAUUACUUGUCGGCUGUCAUUUGCACUUGUCACAAAUUUAAACACCAUUAUCUUCGCAUACAGAUUACUGGGUAUUUUGUUCCGUCAAACAUCAUUGUCUCCAUAAUCAGGAAAUAUUAUGGUGACAUAAUUUCAAAAAAAUUCGUUCACGAUUUGGCAGAAUGUGGAUGAAAUUUGUUUGAAAAAAUAAUCAAAUGAAACCGAAAGGUUAGAAACACAAUUCACUAUCAAAGGGAUACCUUAUAUUUUACAGAAUUAAAAUAAUUAUUUUUUCCAAGUUAUUGAUCGAGGAGACGAGCACGUGUUGAAUUGAUGUUCGUAGAGCUUCCGUAUUCUUUUUUUUUCUUUCAUUACAUUUUAACGUGGUCGUUUCAAAGAUAAAAUGCAAAGGGUUAGGAAUGAAAAUUUUAGUUUGAAAGGUGAUUUUUUUAAGGCCGAAAUAUUUCGAAUAAGCAGUAGCCAAUGAAAUUGAAAAUUAAAAAAAUAUAUCAAGGGUCAGGCUUAAGACGAUCUGAAAAAUUAAGAAAGAUGUGAUAAGGAGGUAAUUGCAAAUGAUUAAUGAAGAAAAUGAGUGAAAAAAUUACAACGUGGUGGAAUUUUUUCAUUCGAUGAAGGUUCAAUUAAUUGAAAUCGCUUAAGUAGGUACAAAUUAAAAGGGAUCGUAUGCUACAGAAUGAACUAAUUUUUACCAGUGAAAAAGUUGUACGCUUAGUUUGUAGAUAAACGAAGAAGUUAUGUUAUUGAACAAGUACAAAUUGCAUUACGAAUUUACAAUUUUUAUCGUAAAAUGAAACUUCUUUUUUGCCUGCAUAAUUUACCUUAACUUUUUAAAUUCUAGUUUUAUCGUGUUAUUGUACUUUUUUUUUAGUCUGUGAUUAAAUGCAGGUGUCUUCGAAAAUUUAUUCGAAUACACCUGUUGAAAUUGUGAAUGUCGUAAAUUGUGUAAAAUUAUGUGUACGUAACUUUAGUUUUAAUAAAUUUGAAAUUCUAUUUUGUAUGAAUUUCAAAAAGCCAAAUGUUACCUAAUUUUAAAUUAAGUGUAUUUGUAGCCUAUAUCUAAAUAAUAUGUCGUGUCAUAUUUUUUAUUGUUUUUUUUUUCCUGAUGAUUGUACAUACCUAUUGUAAAUAGUACCUAUUUUAAGAAAAUAAAUGUAUAAAGUAUAAUGUCACUGAAUGCAAAAUGAACUUUUAUACAUUUCCAAUAAAAUUGAUUUUUUAUGCUUGAAA